AUGGAUCCCGGCUUCCCUGUCUACAAUGGCAACUUUCCUACAGCAUAUCCCAGGCUCACGGGGCCUCCGACUACGCAUUUUGAUGGCAGCGCAUUCUGGUAUAAUCCCAACAAUGCCGAGCAACUGUACGAUCGAGAGGCAAGCAUCUUCGGUGGUCGAGGAGUGCCCCUUCCAUCAGCGGGUAUGGAAGCUUCAAAUGUCAAACACCGCCGGACUCGCAGUGGAUGCUUCACCUGUCGUAGUAGAAGAGUCAAGUGUGAUGAAACACGACCUAUAUGUGACAGAUGCAAGAAAGGGAAUCGUGAGUGCGAAUUCCCGCAGCCGCCAUCUGCCUCGAAACGAUCCAAGCACAGCGACAGCCGGAGUCCAAAGGACACGGUGACAAAGCAGGAGAGUAAGCACGACACCAUGUCGGGGCUCGCGACUAUCAAGGACGAGGAUGAGGACGACAACGAGGCCUUGAAAUCACCUACACAACGACCAGCCCUUGGCCGCCUGAGGACCGACAGCGCUCAAUCAGUGAGUCACUCGAGCAAGUCCAAAGAGGUUUCCGAAACACCCCCGACGAGCAAGGAACAUACAAGCCCCUUGUCCACGGACGUCUCGGACACCCGAUCAAGGGAUGAAACACCAGCGUCGUCCCUGCGGACGGUCGCCAACUCGGCCGAGAUGCAAGCGCGACACGCGAAAAUAAGAACACUCAGGCCCGAUUUGCAAAAGUACCUACAGUUUCAGCAGGAGUAUAUGACAUAUUACCACUAUUUCUUCAAGCUGGAUCCGACCGACUUUGUCCACAGCGAGUUCAUUGACCUCGCGUUGACUUAUGAGCCGCUGUUGUAUGCGGCCGUUGGGUUUGCUGCUUAUCACUAUGAACUGCAGCAGCCUGAUCCCAAGCUAGCGCACUUCCUCGGAUACCACAGCAAAUCGCUAUCCAUGCUCAGGAAGGCCUUGGAAAGGAAUGUUAAGAUUACGGAAGCUACACUUCUCACGGUUUUGCAGUUGGCAACCUUCGAAGAAUACAUUGGAGACUGGGUGAACCUAGUGGGACACCACCGCGCUGCUUGUACCAUGAUCAUGGAACUGUACACUUGCGAGUCGAUGAUGGAAACCGAUCUUGGAAGACGUAUCUUCAGCUGGUAUGCUCGACUCGAUGUAACUGUCGGUCUGAUGGCGGGCAAACAAACCCGACUCGACCGACAGUGGUUCGAAGCGAAUUCCACUUGGUAUUUCAAUCAAAUCAACAAUGACCCCGAAGGCGACCUGGAUAUCGAAAAUACCCUGGCAUACUUCGUGGCUGCUAAUCGACUGAUCGGUAUGGAUUUGGCCUUCUUGUUUGCCAAAUUCGAAGAACGAAAAUUCACCGAGGAGACGUUCCGCAUGGAGGUGGCCAAGGUCGUCGAGAGAUUGGAUUCUAUGAAGCGUGAGAUCGAGUUGUUCAACGACGAGUACUACCGGGUGCAAGAUUUUCCGGUUGAGCGGAUUCGGCCGUUGACCUCCGAUGACAUUGUCAAUCCCUAUGCGCCAGGUGGACUGUUCAAGGACGCGCUGUGGCCAUUGAACUUUAUGUGGAUUGACUGGUAUAGUAUCGAGCAAAUGCAGAAGUAUCAAACUGCGAAACUUCUCAAAGAACCACUGCCGGCAGACUUGGAACAGCUAAGUCUGGAGCAAUGCCGCAUCAUCGAAACGAUAGAACGGUGGCCUGAAGCGCCGGAUGGAGCCAUUCUUGGGGCACAUGCGAGUUUAGGUCUCGCCUCGGUAUUCCUGAAGAAGGACGCGACUCAUAUUAUGUGGGCUCGCAAGAAGUUCGCGACUGUGGAACGACUGGGCUACAUCUACCCGCCAACAUUCCGCCUCAACAUGGCAGUCCUAUGGAAUUUGACACGCGACGAAGUUGGAGAAAAUGAAGCCGUGGAAAAUUGGUGGCUCCCCAACGAUGCAGGAAAUCUUAGGAUGCUGAAAGAACUUCGCAAAGUUGUGAGCGAAAGGCAUGAGAAUGACAAGGUGUCCGGCACGGAAUCCCUGGCCAAUGUGAGAGACUUGAAGGCCAUCUUCGCCAAGUUAGACAUCCGGACACAAGGCGGAACCUCGUCUGGGUCGACGGUGGAGAACUCUAGCCUUGCCAGCGACGCAACCGGCGGGAUGAGUGAUCGAGGAAGCAAUGUCAGUUUCAGCCCGACAAAUGUGAGCUUUGGCGAAGGUCGGGGCGACAAUUCUCUUGUUCAGAUGCAAGAGGGUGGUCAUGUGCGAAGGCCCAGACGAACAAAUACAAAACCAUGA